UCUUCGUCAUCGUGACUCGGCUCAGCUGCUUCAUCAACAGUCCUCUAAUGGGAUUUGGCGAAAGAGAAAUGUCAUCUCCUCCAGAUCAUGAGACCAAUGCCAUCCUAAGAGCUUCCCAUCUGCCUCUGGUUCGCUCAGCGUUACAGAUGGUGACUUCGAUGUACUCGGGGGUCAAAGCUCGCAACCGUCUGCUGGGUCUGAUGGGAGGAAUAGCCGAGGUCGGAGUUCGCAGCUUUUCCCAAGAGGCCAUGAGACGAGCCACGCCCCUCCUGCAGAGUUUGGAGCCACAGAUCGAUGUUGCCAACACUUUUGCGCUCGUUGGUCUUGAUCACCUGGAGAGAAACUAUCCGAUCCUGAGCCAGUCAACAGACGAGGUUAUGACUCACCUGAAGGACGCCUUCUUCCUGACCCUGGAUGACGUGCAGCUGUGGGUGGUGGACGGCCUGGACGCAGCUCUGGAUCAGCUGGAGCGUCUGGCCAACGUAGGCCGGGUAGCUGUGCAGCAGCUGCAGAACAGUCAAGUGGGCCAGGCCACCAUGUCGGGACUCGAUGACGUGCUGAGUCGCCUGGAGGACGCCACCGCCUACUACCUGCCCCUCCCACCCACACUGCGUCAGGAAUGGGAGCUGAGGGUGCAGCAGUACGAGAGUGAAGACGACGGCGAUGAGCCCGGUGUGUGGACGAGGGUCCGCAGCCUCCUGCUGACUCUCAGCCUGCAGCUUUAUCACCGCCUGAUGAAGAUCAGAGAGCAGCUGCAGAGAGCCGUCAGGACGAUGGGAGACGCUGCCGACAAGGUUGGUUUGCUUCAGGUCCUCAAGUUGUCCGGCGACCUGCUGCAAUUCCUGCAGGGCCUCCUGGUGGCGCUGGUGUACCAAGCAGAGGCCCUCAGAGAGGCCUCUCUGAAUGCGGUCAGAGUUCGGGCGACCAUGUUGGCGGAGCUGCGUGUGGUUCGUCAGGUCCGAGGAGUACCCCUCCAAAUCCAGGGGCUGCUUCAAGAGCUGAGGGAAGUGUCCAAGAUCACCCUUCAGUUCGUGUUCAACACCACACCCCUUUACAACAUGCUGCAGAAGCCAUCUCCUCAGGAGGUGGAGGAAUUCUUGAACCAAGAGGAGCUUGUAUCUGACAACUCGUCUCGUCGCGGCUCCAGUAACAGCCUCUUCCUGAAGGCCAUGGACGGCCGUCCUCGCGGCCGCCGGAGCCUGUAUUCCCGCGCCGCACGAGGUUCCGGGGGUCCUGUGAGCCCCGACCCAACCAAUGGCUGUCGUCGCUCGAGUCUGAAGGAGCCCCAAGCCCCAGAGGUGGAGGUCAUGCCCCUCCCUUCCGAAGGCGCCGCCCCUCGACGGCCAUCUGCCGCCGAGCUGCUCCUCACCCCGCUCAAACAGUUCGUCUCCCAGAGCCAGAAGGCCUUCGAGUACCUGACCCCCAACUCCUCCGAAAAUGCUGCCAACGCUACAGAAACAACCGACUAUUAAACACCACGCUGAGGUUUGACCCCACCCUUAUCCCCCACCGACCGCGGCCUUUGACCCUGACCCCCGAGCGAUUACAGCCGGCCACGUCAGUCCUGGAUGAUCAGACGAACCUGCCUCAGCUGCUGCUGGUUUGUGCGUUCGUGUUCAGCCGCAAAGCUGUCACCAAAUUAUUAUUUGAUCGCUGACGCCGUUCUCGCUGUGGACAGGCGGCAACAUGCAAAACCUACAAGACAAAGAUUUUCUUUAGUUUUAGUUCCUCAUUAACCUAAAAUUUGAUCCACUGAGGCCAAAUGUGUAGAAUCAUAUUUAUUAUUGUUCAUUGUAACGUCAUGAAGUGUUUAAAGGCAGGUUGUAGUUCAUGUUUUUCAUACUGCCAUAUCUUUCAGGAGGUUUUUAAGACGGAAGAAAUAAAAAAGGGCCCAAGACCGAUUCAUGUGGAACGCCUCCCAAAAAAACACCGUCACAUGAAUCUAGAGUAUCAACCUGCAUCAAUGUAAAUCCAGAGAAAUCUCUGUCAUUAGGUUUAAUCGGGUUUAAUGUCGAGCCACAAAGUCCCAAAUAAUCCCAGAUCUGUUUCACAGAAAAUGUUCUAUAUUUGGUCGUGUCCAAAUUCAUGGGCUGCAUCCUCCUGAGGCC